UUUCGGAGCGGAGGGGGCACGUUUAUUUAUUGAUAUUUAUGACGAAAGAACAAACAUAUUUUUUGCGAGAGAUUUAGUUAUCCACCAGUUUGUCCGUCGGCAAGGGAAUGUGAGUAAAUUUUGUUCGUGGUUUUAUUAUGUCCCUCUGACUUGUAUUCAUUCAUUCAUUCAUUCAUUUAUUUAUAUAUAUUUUUAUUUAUUUAUUCAUUCAUUUACUAUACCAUCAGUAAUUAUUUAUUUCGUUAAAGCCAUAAGUGCCAAAAAUAAUAGAUAUUCGUAACAAUUUAUGAUCAGCGCUUAAAAAUUCCGUAUAUAGUGUCCGUACUUUAUUUCCGCGGUUAGCUAGUUUCUGGUCACAUGAUCAAAACAUGGCGGCUUACUGUCGGCUGUGUUUACGUUCUCUUGUUUGGGUUUUGUUAUAUUGCAGUUAUAAGAGUUAUGCGGGUUAUCCAGGAAGUGUGCAGUCUGCUGAGAUCGAUACUGUCCAUAUGAUCUUUAUGACACAUUUAGAUGUAGGCUAUGAUGGUGUGACAAGGACAGGAUUCAUCAACAAUAUCUUAAACACCUAUUUUCACGAGUACUUUCCACGGGCCAUUAACCUAUCUCAGCAGCUAAGGACAGAUGAGUAUGUGGAGAGAUUUGUCUACACAACUCAUCCCUGGCUUGUCAGUCUCUUCCUGGACUGUCCCAGAAACCUUGUUCUCAACAACAUAACUCUAAAGUGUCCAAAUGAAACUGCUGUGGAGCACUUAAAAGCUGCUAUUGUCCGCGGUGACAUCACAUGGCACGCUGGACCAAUGAAUAUGCAACCAGAAAACAUGAAUAAAAUUCUAUUUGAAUUGAGCCUAAACAUCAGUUCUGAUUUAGAUGCAAUGUUCAACAUCCAAAGAAGAUUUCCAACUCUAAGUCAGCGUGAUGUGCCUGGACUGACACAGGCAGUUAUUCCGAGUCUAGUACAGAAAGGGGUGAUAGCUGUCUCUGUUGGAGUAAAUCCAGGCACCAGUCCACCAGCUGUUCCCAAACUUUUUACCUGGAAAUUUGAGGAUAGUGCUGUUCUCGCCACUUGGCAUGCAGGUGGCUAUCCCUUGGGACCAGGAAGCAGCCCUGCCAAACCUGGGGGUCUGUCCAGAAAGGACUGUGUGACAGUGGAGGGGUUCAACCAUGCCAUGUGCUAUGCCUUCAUACAAGAUAACGGGGGACCUCCACAGGAUAUCUAUGAAAUUUUAAACUAUUAUGAAAUCAUGCGAAAAGAAUUUCCCGGGGCCAAAAUAAAGGCUUCCACAUUUGAUGAAUUCUUCGAAGCUGUUCAGCCAAUCAAAAGCCAGCUCCCUGUGAUUACCAAGGAGAUAGGAGACACUUGGAUACAAGGGAUUGCGUCAGACCCAUAUAAAAUGGCAAAAUACAGAGCCUUUACCAGUGCCCUAAGUAGCUGUUUAAGGACAGAUCAGUGCGACUACAGUGACAGCAGGAUCAGAGAUGCAGUCCGCUUUAUCAUCAAACCUCCAGAACACACAUGGGGCUUACCGGGAGUGAGUGAUAAUGUCAAUUGGACAAACCCACUCUUCCUCAAGGCCAGGCAUGGUAAAAGCUUUCAUAACUGUGAAGAGGCCUGGUUGGAGCAGAGACAGUUUAUUGAUAUUGCCAUGGAAAAGGUCAAAGGUCACCCUCUAUCAUAUAUAGCUCAGAAUGAGAUCCAACAGUUGAGCCCCAAAGAACCAGAUUUGACGGAUUAUGAUAGAGUGGAGGAUGUUACACAAGUAUUUAGCUGUGAAGAUGGUGUACAGAUUCAAUUCUCCAACACAGGUGCCAUCAGCAAACUGUAUGACCCUUAUAAUGAGAUAGACUGGGCGAGUGGUCCAGACACAUUUGGAGAGAUACGGUAUUAUACCUACAAUGAGACAGACUUCAAAAACAUGGCUCUGCAGUACGACUACUACGGAGGUGCUGGGUACGACAAACCAAAUUCCACCAAGAACGCCCACCCCAACUCCCGUCAGUGGUUUACAAAGCUCACAACAAUCUACAAGUCACGCAGAUCAGCUCCAGCAUGUGAUAUACUCCUGAAGAUUGAAAUGACCAAUACUGAGGCCACUGACCGUUACGGCGCUCCACCUUUGUUCUGGUUACAUUAUGUCUCGCACAAAAUGGCCAACAACUAUGGAGGAUUUGAUGUCACAGUUCAGUGGUUUAAGAAACCUCCUACUCGACUCGCUGAAUCUAUCAUGUAUCACUUUGCACCGCGUUCCUCUGGGGGAGUGAGCUCAGAGUUAAUGUGGCACGUGUCUAAAGUUGGCCACCUUGUAGACCCAGGAAAUGUUGUACUGAAUGGAAGUCAAUAUGUACAUGGUGUGGACAAUGGAGUCUAUUUCACCAAAGUUAACGGCAAUGGUUUACAACUACAUACAUAUGAUGUACCACUGGUUUCCAUAGCUACAAAGAUACAUUCUCCAUCGCCUUUUCCAGUUCCCUUAAAACCAAUCGCCCAAAGUGAUGUGACAGGUGUGUCAUUUAAUUUGUACAACAAUAUCUGGAACACAAACUACAUUCUGUGGUAUCCAUAUUUGUCCCAGGACCAGGAUUUUAAAGCACGGUUCCAACUCAAUCUGUAUAAUACCUAGGGUACCUACAACACUGAUCAGGAUGGUCACAUUGGAGGAAAUCUCGAAUCCACCAAGAAUGGAAAAAUAUUUGCCAUGUAUUAUAUCAUUCUCUAUACACAGCCUGCAUUGAACUGUUAAUUCUACGUACGUGUACAUUUACAUCCCCAAAAUAACACAGCUACAAAACCCUAUUGUUUCACAUCUAUUUCCAUAGCAAUGAAAGAAUUGACCAGUCUAACACAUACAUAUUUGUGUUAAUAUAUCAUAGAAUAAAAACAAUUGGUUGUAUAUAUGAGUCUCAAAGAGGUAACUGUUUGAACUUAUAAUAAUUAUAAAAUAACUGGAACAUGAUCUCAGUGUUUAAGUACCUGGUAAAUGAGGAGAUACUGUUAUGUUUAAGGGUCUAACCAGCUUUGUAUUGUACAUAAAAUUAUAAGGCAUAAUAUUGUUUUAUUGUCAAUCACUUCAGGGAAUUGUUCAUCAAAGGAUCAUUGUUGUGUUACAGUAAUGAUAAAGAUAUUUUGUCUAUUAUUUAUGCAAAACGAUAUUUUUAUAAGAUGUAACCUGUGAUAUUUUGAUAAAAUUUAUAUUGCAAUAAACACUUGAGAUUUUUUUUAU